AUGGAUAUGCUUGUUGUUAUCAGCAUCACCGCUGCCUACCUCUACUCCGUUGUUGCUCUUGGCUUCCAAAUGGCAGGCAGACCCUUUGGAACAUCUGAAUUCUUCGAAACCAGUACCCUCCUAAUGACACUGACCCUUGCUGGGCGUCUGAUCGCUACUUUCGCUGGUUACGGGGCCAUCUCUGCUGUCUCUGCCCGGUCCAUCCAACCUACCAUCGCUGUAUUUGUCAAUAGGGGGAGAAGAGACGAUGAGAUUGACGCUCGUCUUCCCCACUAUGUCUGUGCUGAAGAAGGCCAGUGGUCUAAUCGCUACACGGACCGGACCAUCAAUGGCGACAGCGCCAUUUUCGUCCAGCUUGAGCGAUUCCCGGGCAAGAAUACAGUGACCGACAUUGCACAGCUUUUUGAUAGAGCAGCCAACACGAAACCUGAAACUCAGGAUCUUGCAGAUAAAGUUCCCAGCUGGUUUGUUCCUGCUGUGUCUUCCAUCGCCAUUGCCGUUCUUGUUAUCUGGAUUGUUGUCACAUCUAAAGUCAUGGAUUACUCUGCCAGCAAGGCCGUCUUGGAGGCAAUCAUCUACUUCAUCACCACCCUCACAGUGGCAUGCCUUUGGCUCUUGGGCUCCCCGUCCCUGUGCCUCAACGUCCACCUAGUCUCUGGAGACCAGCGCACGGCUGUGAAAGCGGUCGUGACGGCCGUUGGUAUUCCUGAGCACAACGUCGCUGCGGAGUAUACACCUUCUCAGAAUCGUGACUAUGUAGCGUCUCUCAUGGAAGUCUCCUCGAGGUACUUUCUAUUCUGCGGCCAUGGCACCAAUGAUGCUGUGGCAGCCGCGCAAGUAACUGUCGGCAUCCAGAUUAGCGGUAGCUACGCCGCGUCCAGCGACGAGACCCAAGCUGCCGCAGAUGCCAUUCUGCUCAAUGCCUUCGAGGGGAUACCGUUCUUGAUCAAGAUGAGCAGCGCCCUUUUAACCGUUUGGCUUUCAACUUUGUGUGGCCAGCAAUCUACAAUGUUCUGGCCAUCACGAAUUCACGAUGGCUAG